AUGUAUGACUUGUAUGAGUGGAUGAAAUUACAUGCAAAUGUAAAGAAAUGUUCUUUCUACUUGGAAAAAGUUGUUUUCCUUGGUUUUAUUGUGAAUGGCAAUGGUGUUGAAGUUGAUGAAGAGAAGGUCAAAGCCAUUAAGGAUUGGCCAACUCCUAAAAAUGCAUCUGAAGUUAAGAGUUUUCAUGGAUUGGCUAGUUUUUAUAGGAGAUUUGUGCCUCAUUUUAGUUCUAUUGUUGCUCCUUUGAACGAACUUAUCAAAAAAGAUGUUGCAUUUGAGUGGAAGAAGAAACAUGAACUUGCAUUUGCUGAAUUGAAUGAUAAGUUGUGUUUUGCACCAUUAUUGAGCUUACUUGAUUUUGAUAAUACAUUUAAGAUUGAGUGUGAUGCUUGUGGUGUAGGUAUAAGUGCUAUUCUCAUGCAAGAGAAAUAA